UUGCGCUCCUGUGCACCUCUGUUGCCAACACGUCGUCGACGCCGUCCAAGAAGAACAUGACGACGUACAACAAGGUGGACAACCAAGGCGCACUCAUGGGCAACUGGGUGGAAGAAGAAGCGCUUCGCCGGGACACAGGCAGUUCCAGGUACAAGCCAUGGAGCCCCAAGGAAGGCAUGGGGCGGUCCCAUCCCCGCGUGAUCGCGCACUCGGACGCCGUGGACGCCAAGGAGUACAAAGCGUCGUCCAAGGUGAGUUCGUUUGCCGACUUUGCUGUGCCGUCCACCGUCGGGCCCCGCGAACGCCGGCGGCUGGAGGAGCUCCACGCGCAAGCCAAAGCCAUCAAGGAGCACCUCUAUGCCAAUGGUCAAGACAAGGAUGUAUCUCACGAAAGCACCAACCAAGCAUCCUACAAGGCCUAUGACCCAGCCUACGUCGCCCAUGGAGUCGUGCGCGUGCCCCCCCGCGGCCGAGGCGGUUUCAAAGAUUUUGAUGCGUCGAUUGUGGGCAAGACGCGCGGGGAAGUGGCGGCGAUGGAUGCGGCCAACCUGCAGAGUCAUGCCGCUGCGUUGCCGCACCAGGCCACCGUAACUCGGUACUCGCACGCUGUGACCAGUGGCUCGGAACUGGGGUUUGCCUUGUCGGCGGCUGAACCCAAUCGCAAUCCAUUUGGCAAGUCCACAGCGUUUACGAAUGACAUUUUGGACAUCAAAGUCGUGCACGGGGAAGCGAGUGAGCCGGGGGCGGAGGCCACUCCUGGCAUCGGCAUCAACAUCCAAGCACGGGCGGCGGCGCUCAAGUUAAAGCAAGGGCUGCUGCUAGCUUCUCCAGACAAACGUAGGGCGUUGGUGCGUCUGGCUGACUCGACUACCUCUAUCUCGUUCACCGAGUUCUGUGCUGGAUUGCAUCAACUGGGCCUGGCUGCACUGCCACCGAAAGAUAUGCUGCACCAAGUGUUUAUGUACCUAGACAAAGACCAAGUUGGCCAAAUUACCUGGACAGCACUCUUGGCGCUGCUCAAUGUGGCAUAACUAUUCAUAUAUUACACUACCUAUAUGUCCAG